AUGACUAUAGCAAGAGUUGUUUUUCAUGAGAUAACUGAAUCAUCCAUCAAGGCUGCUCUUAAGGCACCAAGAGAAAUAGAUGCAAACUUGGUGCAUGCUUACCUUGCACGCCGUGCUCUAGAUUAUCUGAUUGGUUUUAAUAUUUCUCCUAUAUUAUGGAGGAAACUACCAGGUUGCCAGUCAGCUGGGCGAGUCCAAUCUGCUACUUUAGCACUUGUUUGUGAUCGAGAAAUGGAAAUUGACCAGUUUGUUCCACAAGAGUAUUGGAGUUUGGAGGUUGACUUUGAGAGAAGAAGUUUGGAUCCUUCCCUCAAAUCCAUUUCUAUCCCAUCCCGCUUGACAUAUUUUGCUUCGACAAAAUUGAACCAGUUGUCAGUUGGUUCCUAUAUAGAGGCAAAAGAUAUUGAAGAGAAGAUUAGAUCUGAAGGUUUCAAAAUUGUUGCCUCUAAAAGUAACGAGAUGAGAAGGAAUCCUUCGACACCUUACAUCACGUCGACUCUUCAGCAAGAUGCUGCCAAUAAAUUACAUUUUCCAGCCACAUACACUAUGAAGCUUGCACAAAAGCUUUACGAAGGGGUACAGUUAUCAGAUGGCAAGGCAGUUGGUUUGAUAACAUACAUCAGAACUGAUGGUUUACAUAUAUCUGAGGAGGCUGUGAAGGAUAUACGCUCUUUGGUGAUUGACAGGUAUGGGUCAGAUUUUGCAGCAGAGGCUGCACGCAAGUACUUUAAGAAGGUGAAGAAUGCUCAAGAAGCUCAUGAAGCAAUUAGACCAACUGAUAUCCGGAGGUUGCCAUCAUCGCUAGUUAAUAUACUUGAUGAAGAUUCUUUGAAGUUGUACACUCUUAUCUGGUCUCGUACUAUCGCAUGCCAAAUGGAACCUGCUGUAAUUAAUCAGAUUCUUGUGGAGAUUAAGAAUGCUGAUGGGUCUAUUGUGUUGAAUACUUCAAGCUCGAAAAUUGGAUUUCUUGGUUACCAGGCAGUUUUCAAGGAUGUGGAAGCGGAAACAGUGAGGUCUAAAGAAAAUGAAGGGAAUGAACGUGAUGAAGCUUUUGAAGUACUGAGCUCUCUGAAGGUUGGAGAUUUACUGACUCUCAGUGAUGUGCGAUCCAAGCAACACUACACUCAGCCUCCAUCGCGCUACUCAGAGGGUGCAUUAGUUAAGAAGCUGGAAGAGCUUGGAAUCGGGAGGCCGUGUACAUACGCGAGCACACUGAAAGUGCUGCAGGUAAAUGCCUAGAAUUGCAUGCAGAAGG